AUCCAGUAGCAAGAUUUCAAGGACAGAAAUAGAAAACAAACUUGAAGAAUGUCAACGUGCUUUGAUGACAUUACAAGGGGCCAUGAACUUUAUCUGAGACAUCUGUUACUUUUGGGACAAGCUGCACCAUUGGCUUUGAAGGCAGUUAUAGAAAGAGAAGUCAGAAAACGCGGGGAAUCUCUUGCUCAGCUUAUUGGCAAGAAGAAGGAUACUUUCAAUGUUAAUUAUAGAAAACAGUUUCUUCAGCUGUUUCAAGACGAUGAAGUCAAGACAAACACUGAUUCGUGGGACACAUCCUUGCUUUGUGUUGUAACAUUUGUCCUAUUCAAAUCCUAUUUGACCAGUACAGCGCUUCAAGCAGUAACAUGCGUUAGUGACCAGAGGAAGGAUCUGGAUAAUUAUGCUCAUUCUGCUUCACUGAAUUUCAAAACUUUCGAGACAAAAUGGGUUCCGUUGAAUUCUGCAAUGCUUGAGCUGAUCAAAGAUAUUGAUGACGAGGCAAAAUUUGAGUGCAAACGAAUGAUUCAUUCCUUUAAAUCAGAAUCUAUCAAAGUUAACAUAGAACUUAUAAACAAAAUGAAACAGAUAAAUGAUGUCAAUCUGCAUGUUCAAAUGGCAAUACAAGACAAAGUCGCCCCAAAUAUUCAUGGAGAGGCCGGCAAUUGUGACCAAAACGAGCCAGUAGAACUGCAAAAAGUUACAAAAAUGAUGGGAAAUUAUAGAUGGGUUGGUCAUCCCCCACGCCUUCAUAGUCCUUUCAAGGUGACAGUGACUAUCAAAAGAGGUUCAGUUGAUCAUCCUUGGACAGCUGAAACAAGUGUCCAAGUUUCUGAACCUGGUGUCGCUCCUGCAUCGACACCAUUGGCAAUAGAAAACGCCAGUGCACCAAGGCCGUGA